AUGGUGUCCGCGGAUGUAGAAUAUCCAUCUUCUUCAUCUGAAUCUAGUCUUGCUUCUACGAACAGUUCCGAAAAUGGCAGUUGGAAACCUUUAGUUGCUUCCAACGAAAAAUGGAACUAUUUGGGAAGAUCAAACCAGAAAAUCUUCCGGAGACGCUGGUUUCGCAUCCUCACAUUUUUCCUUGGUUCAAUAAUUCUCGCUCUUAUAAUAUGGAUGUCACUGCUUCUUAGUCUCUCAAGACAUCAUAGACCAAAAGCGCCCUCAAACAAAAUUAGCUCCAUAGUCGAUGUUUGGAAGAAGCCAACAGACUCCAUCGAUUUACUUUCACCAUGGGAUUCUGACUUCUCUCGAGGGGUUACUCCAUUAUCAUGCCAUUCCCAUAAUGACUACAAACAAGGUGCCCCCCUAUUCAAAGCUCUCGCAGCCGGCUGCAUGGGCGUUGAAGCAGACAUUCAUUUACCAUCUAAGAAUGGCAGCAAAGACUUACUGGUAGGUCAUAAGACACGAUCACUCAGAUCAGACCGGACACUCCAAAGUCUCUAUAUCGGUCCUCUUACCAAGGUUCUGGAAAACCUAAAUGAUAAUUCCACUACAAAUAACGAAACCAAUGGUUGGAAUGGUGUUUUUCAAUCAAGUCCAAACACUACGCUCACACUUCUCCUGGAUUUCAAAUCCAAUGGUGCUGAUCUCUGGCCAUACGUAAACCAGCAUCUGGACGACCUUCGCUCAAAAAACUGGCUUACUCACUGGAACGGAUCAUCGGGACUGACAUGGGCACCACUAAUUAUCGUCGCAACCGGAAACGCGCCUUUCGAUCUCUUGAACUCCAAUAAAACGUAUCGCGACAUUUUCUACGAUGCGCCACUCAACGACAUAACGAACCCUAUUUACGACAACACGAAUUCUUAUUAUGCAAGUACCUCGAUGUACCACACUAUUGGCCAACAAUGGCUCUGGAAAUUUAGCUCUAGUCAAUUGACCAAAAUUAAUGCGCAAAUCGCGGCGGCAUCAAGGAAAGGUUUAAUAUCCAGGUAUUGGGAUACGCCAUCGUGGCCUGUAACUUUCAAGGAGUACAUUUUUGGAGUUCUGGUGGAGAAUAGAAUUGGAUUGUUGAAUGUGGAUGUGUUUUCUUCUACUUUGUAUUAUCCGUUGGUAACUAGAUUUGGCGGUAAUAAACUUGAAUGGUGA